CUUCUCGCGCUGCGGCGGCGGGCGAUCCAGGGCUGGUCCAUCAGCGAGGUGGGCGGGGGGUGCUGCGGGGGUGCGAGGCGAGCGAUCGAUCGGACCAGAGGGAGGCCGGCGGCUGCAGGCGGCCCCGGGGCUGAGGUGAGCUUAUCUGUGGUGCAGCUACUACCUUUUUCCUUCUAUUGGGAAUCUCCACUGUUCUGUGGGCUGUCAGAAGACACUACUAACUAAAUAUAAGCACUUCAAAAGUCUGAAAAGUCCUGGAUGCUGAUAGGCUGUGAGGAGGUAGAAGUUAAAGAUCUUGUGAAGGGAAUAAUGGGCAUCAGAUCAGCAUUCUCUCUCAAUAAAAAAGUUUGGUACUUGUCCUGCCUGCAGAACACUUUUCUCUACUGAUAAUGCAAUUCAAUGGAGGAAAGUAAUGUUUUGAUAAGCAUGCGUGAAGAUCAUUCAUUUCAUGUUCGCUACAGAAUGGAAGCUUCCUGUCUGGAGCUGGCCUUGGAAGGCGAGCGAUUGUGUAAAGCAGGAGAUUGUCAAGCUGGCGUGUCUUUCUUUGAAGCUGCAGUUCAGGUUGGAACAGAAGAUCUAAAAACACUUAGUGCUAUUUACAGUCAGCUAGGCAAUGCUUAUUUCUACCUGCAUGAAUAUGCAAAAGCCCUGGAAUACCACCACCAUGAUUUAACCCUUGCAAGGACCAUUGGAGACCAACUAGGUGAAGCUAAAGCUAGUGGUAAUUUGGGAAACACCUUAAAGGUGCUUGGGAAUUUUGAAGAUGCUAUUGUUUGUUGUCAAAGGCACCUAGAUAUUUCCAGAGAGCUUAAUGACAAGGUUGGAGAAGCAAGAGCACUUUAUAAUCUUGGAAAUGUAUAUCACUCCAAAGGGAAAAAUGUAGCCUGUGCUGAGACGCAUGAUCCAGGGGAACUUCCAGAUGAAGUAAAGGCUGCAUUACAAAAAGCUGCAGAUUAUUAUGAGGAAAACUUGACAAUAGUGACAGAGUUGGGUGAUAGAGCAGCCCAGGGACGUGCGUAUGGAAAUCUGGGGAAUACACAUUACCUUCUAGGCAACUUCAGGAAUGCUGUUAUAGCCCAUGAACAGCGUCUCCUAAUUGCAAAAGAAUUUGGUGAUAGAGCUGCUGAAAGAAGAGCAUACAGCAAUCUUGGAAAUGCCUACAUAUUCCUGGGCGAAUUUGAAACAGCUUCUGAAUACUACAAGAAGACACUACAACUGGCUCGACAGCUUAAAGACAGAGCUGUGGAAGCACAGGCUUGUUACAGUCUUGGAAAUACAUACACUUUGCUCCAAGACUAUGAAAAAGCAAUUGACUAUCAUCUGAAGCACCUUACAAUCGCUCAGGAACUGAAUGAUAGAAUUGGUGAAGGAAGAGCAUGCUGGAGUUUAGGAAAUGCGUACACAGCAUUAGGAAAUCAUGACCAAGCUAUGCACUUUGCAGAAAAGCAUUUAGAAAUUUCAAGAGAGGUAGGAGAUAGAAGCGGAGAAUUAACAGCUAGACUUAACCUCUCAGAUCUUCAAAUGGUGCUUGGUCUAAGCUACAGCACAAACAACUCCAUGAUGUCAGAAAUCCAUGCUGUAGAUAAUAGUUUGAAUGGUGCAAGAUCCAGAGUAGGCCGCCGUCACAGUAUGGAAAACAUGGAACUUAUGAAAUUAACACCUGAAAAGAUUCAGAACUGGAACAGUGACAUUCUUGCUAAACAGAAACCCCUGGUUGCCAAACCUUCAGCAAAGCUGCACUUUGUAAAUCGACUAAAAGGCAAAAAGUACAAAAAUGGCACAUCCUCCAAAGUUCUGCAGGAUGCUAGUAAUGCUAUUGAUCAUCGACUUCUAAGCUCUCAGAGGAAAAACAGUCCUGAUAUGACUGGAGAUGAAGGGUUCUUUGACUUGCUGAGCCGGUUUCAAAGCAACAGGAUGGAUGAUCAGAGAUGCUGUUUCCAGGAGAAGAGCAGAAUGACAGCUGCAGCAGCAUCCUCCACCCCACCUAAAACAAUGAGAAAAUCCUUUUCUACUUCCAUGGUCUCACCGCACACUGAUGAAUUUUUAGAUCUACUUGCAAGCUCACAGAGCCGCCGCCUAGAUGAUCAACGAGCCAGCUUUAGCAAUUUACCUGGGCUUCGUCUCAAUCAGCACAACAGUCAGUCAGUCCUUGGCCAUCUAAUGACCAGCAACAACAGAGAAUCAGAUGAUGACUUCUUUGAUAUCUUAAUAAAAUGUCAAGGUUCCAGAUUAGAUGAUCAAAGAUGUGCUCCACCAUCAACUGCCACAAAAGGACCAACUGUACCUGAUGAAGAUUUCUUCAGCCUUAUUUUGAGAUCACAGGCCAAGAGAAUGGAUGAACAGAGAGUCCCUUUACCCUCCAGUAUAAAGAGACCAAAUCCUACCGAAGACUUUUAGAAAGAGAAGCCUUGUUGGAAUUUCAACUACAGCACAAAGAUUAGGGGGUCAGAUUGUACUGUAAUUUUUAACAAAGAAUCUGUCACUUUCCUUUGUUUGAAGGGAAAAUGACAAUAUGCCUUUAAAG